AUGGAAGGGCCAGGAGCAACAGCGGCUUCCCCUUCUCCUACACCUGGGUACCAUCACGUCCUCUACCGAGGGCGUGGUGAAACCCAGGUGAGCUGGCAUGGGGAGACAUACUGCCUGGUUGUUGGCUACUGCACCUAUGGGGAUGCACCCAUGCCCACCCCAGCAAAGGUGGAAGAGGAGAAGCCGGUCCCCAGGCAGGCUCCCAAGAGACCUUCAACAAACUCUGACUCAGAUGAAGAACUAGGUUGCCCCCUGCCCAAAAUUCAGCAGCUGCAACCUAGUGCCAAGCGGCUGACCCCAUGGAAGCUUGCUGGCGGAGCCACUUCUGAGGCUGGAACCUCAGCUGCCCUGAAUGAGCCUUCCUCAAGAGACCCGGAAGAGCUGCUCCCAGAGAAGGAACAAAAUGGAAAGAGUUGA